AUGUCGUCCGGAAACCCCUUCCGCCUUUCUCAAGCUCCCCGUCAGCCCGCGCCCGUCCCGCAGACAUCCUUCAUCAACACGGAUAGCAGUGUGCUUGGAGCGCGCAGGGAGGACAGCGACCAUGUGCUCGAAGAUGCCGCCCCGCCCUCGACUGGCAAGACCAAGAAGUCUGUCCGCAUUCUCUCGCCCACUACUACGAUUCCACCGCCCAUCUUUGACGACUCAGAUGCGACCUUGAACGAGCUCAUGGCCCGGCGAUCGAGCCAAGGUCGGCCUGCAAGCCCACUGCCUCCCGUAACACCCGCCGGCUUUGUCAACAACUCUGUCACCGCGGGUGAAGCCAAUGCCCAAGUUGUCGGGAAAGACGCCAUGGCAAUAGCGGACGCGUCCUCAAACCCGAGACCAACCUUCGGCGAGCCGCUGGCGAUGCAAUCGCCGGGUAACGUACCAGCGAAUCCAUUCUCGAGAACACUGGCCUCGUUAGAACCCCAAGACAAGGAGAGCGAGGAGGAGCGGACGAACACGGGAAGACCGAUGCUAGGCAACAGCAGAGCUUCCUUGGAUGUGGAGAGCUUCAAGAAUCUACUCCUGACCGGAAAGGCUACUCCGCGACCAUCCGGUCCGCCUCAGCAGUCUAUGAGCGCAUCACAACCCGUCGCAGGCGCGCAAUUCGAGACCAGUAGUAGCACGGAUACCUCCUCAGUCUCACGGCAAUCGCUAUUCGAGCCCAUACAAGAAUCCCACGCUGAUUCACCACGUACAUCGGUCGAUAUGGCCGACUCGGAAGAGGACGAGAGCAUGGGGCUAGUCUCCGAGGUGAAGAAGGGCAAGAAGAAGCCCCCGCCUGCCCCCAAGCAUCGACACGGAAAGCUCGUUACGCAGAGACAGCCACAGACAGUGUCCUUCGAGAGCUUUGCAGCGACAGAGCCAACACCACCGCCGGCUAUUAGACGAACAGACAGUUCGGACACAAACAAGCCGCUCCCUCCAACUCCCGUUGCUGCGCCGCAGUCAUCCCAUAUCAGCACGCAAGAUACCACCCCGCUACAAUCUCAACCAACCCCACCAUCACAAGACCAGCCUUCACCGUCUUCAGAAGAAAGCCGACGGACGAGCACGGAGUACCGCCGUACAAGCACAGAGCACAGACGGACGAGCGUAGCCAGCGAAAGCUCAUUGAGGAGGGAAUACGCGCCUGCAGACGAGAAAGGUGGGAACGAAUAUGCUUUAUACUCGCCAAUGGAAGAGAGCGAGAAGAAGCUAGGUCUCGAUGAAAAUAUGGCUGGUGGGAAGGAGGGCGAGGGAAGGAGCGAUUCGAGUAACAUCCUCGACGAUAUGGAAAAGUUCCAACGCGAGAUCGAUGAGUUGAGGACGAAGUAUAAACAAACGGGAUAG